CUAUAUAAACUACCGUAUUUCCAAUUUCAUCAACAAUGAACACAAUACACAUUCCCUCAAUUCCACUCUACCCUAAAACAUUCUCCAAAUCAAAUCAUCAUCUUCAAGUCAAAUCUUCAUCACCAACCAAAAACCCCCAAAUCCUCAAAAAUCCAAUGGGCGCCGAGAAAAAUUCAGGAAAUAGACUAAUCUUCACAUACGGCACAUUAAAAAAGGGCUUCUCAAACCACCGUCUAAUGGAAGACCUAAUAAACACAGGCGACGCAUUCUACAUCGGAUCUUACCGUACAACCAAAAAAUACCCGCUAGUUUGCGGACCAUACCGGGUACCAUUUUUACUCAACAUCCCGGGCGAAGGUAAUCGGGUAUGGGGCGAGGUUUACCUUGUAUCUGGUAAAGCCCUAACCCGAUUAGACGAAUUAGAGGGAACAACACGAGGUCAUUACGAGAGAUUACCGAUUGAAAUCGCGGAUUUACCUGGCGAUUUAGGGUUUGAUGCUGUAGAAGCGUAUUAUGCGGGUUCAUCGUAUGCUAAUGAGAUGUGGAAAAGGAAUGGUGAAAAUGGUUUUGUUUGUUAUUCAAGUAAAGAAGCUACAGGUUAUGUUAAACGUGCUGAUCGUCCUCCAAAUCUAUCUUUUCUUGAUCAUAUUUCUGUUUUUCUUUCUUCUUCCCCUGUUCAUUCUGUUUAAUUACUUUUUAAUGUUAAUUAGAUGAAUAAAUAUAUGGUAAUUAUUUAAUUAUGCA